AUGGGCCAAGUUCACGACCGGACCACCGUCACCCAAGACGACACGAUGGGCGGCAGUAAGGACCCACUCCCAGGGAUCAUCAUCGACCUCAUCCUCGAGUGCCUCGACGUCAACCGCGACCGCUCAACCUUCAUCAACCUUCUCUGCGUCUCCGACUUGUGGGAGAUGACAGCUGUCAUCCUGUACAAGAACAUCGAUAUCAACGGGGAUCAGCUCUGCAAGCUCCUCGUUUCCUCUACGGCAAAGAGCACUGAACGCACCACGGAAGUUGAGACGUGGGCGGAAUUCGUGCCGCCCCUGCACGAUCGGCACUGGCCCCUGUCCCCCGUGUCCGAGGAUCGGCUGCGCCAGUAUCAGCUGCCGCGCCCAGGGAGGGAAUUAAACGACCUGAGCAUUCGUACUCGGCGUGCUCUGUCAUUCAUUUGGCACCUCAGCAUUCGCAACCUGACUGAGAGGGCCGUGGAUCUUAUCACCGACUCAACGCUGCCGUACACCGUCCUCUUCCCCAACGUCACCAAGCUGCACCUGUCCUUUACCACCCUCAUCCCUAUGUUUCCCGGCGAAGUCUCCAGCGUCGGGAUACACGGUGCUGUCAGACGCGCUUUCGAUACCCUCGACCUCUGCGUCUGGGAGCUCCAGGCAAACAACACGCUCGCACGAGACGGCGGGCCGAUGUGCCCAUAUGCCGACUGGAUUCUCCCACGCCUCUCGAUCGACAAGCUCCAAACCAUGAGCAUCCACUCCAACCGCAUCCUCCAGUACAACGGCUGUCCAUACCCGGACAUGGUUCAAGGUGCUCUCUACUGGUUCAUAAACGAUACUCGCGCUCUCUGUAGCAUUGGGAGGAGCCGCCCCGGCGACGUCCGUGUGAAGACGGUUAAGUCGGUGCGGUGUCUCGUAGGGUCACCGGGCAACACCGGCAGCAUGGUAGUGACAAAGGCCAACGUCAAGUUGGCCAAUAAGGCCCAGCAGCACUGGGCUGGUUUGGCUGAGUCUGCCGCACCUAUGAACGUCACUGGGCCUUGGGACGAAACGGGAAGCCCGCUUCAUCAGUUCCGUGCAGACACCCCCGAGCACCUCCCGUGCUGCAUUUGUGGCGCGAAGUUUGACUUUGGCCAACGCAGCUCUGAUCAAGUUUGGACCACAACCAAGGGUUGA